AUGACAGCCACGGCCGAGCUGUAUUCAACGUUAUUUAAUGGGUAUUCGAAUCUAUCGAUACCCACUAACACUUUCCCGCUGGUUGUGGACGUCUAUAUGCAUUUUAUCUACGUGCUUUCAUUGGACGAAUCCGAAGAGACAAUAAAAUUGAUCACGUUCCUAAACUAUUACUGGACGGAUGGAUAUCUGCAAUGGGACGUGGCCGUGGACCCAGUGAACGCGAUGGUGGUGCCGGCGAGUGAGCUGUGGAGGCCUGACGUUGUUUGUACAUCAUGCGCCGAGGUAUCCGGCAUUCUGGAUGAUAAACGUGUGGAAGUGCCGCCGAGCGGCUACAUCGGAUUUGGGUUUCCUGAAGUGAUGAUAUCACGAUGUCCGCUGAAUAUUCGGGCUUUCCCUUUCGAUACGCAGACAUGCCAAUUGACGCUCCAAGUGAUGAGCUACGAUGCUAGUCAGGUAGUACUGAAACCCGGUGAAGGGUUUUUAGGCGAAGAUGUGCGGGGCACCACCGAGUGGGACCUGGGGAACGUGACGGCGGCGUGGAGAGUGGAUAGCGUGCGGGGUACCGGCUAUAUGCAGAUUGAGCUCGUUAUUAAACGAAACUCGACAUGCUACGUGUGGGUGUUGAUGGUGCCGACGUUUAUCGCGUGCAACCUCGCCGUGAUGGGCACAUUUUUGCCGUCCGUCAACACGGGAACGCGGUUUAGUAAGGUGCUGCUGAACGUUUGCGUGUUGUUGACGAUGAUGGUGUUGCUUGACAUUGCCGCCCAGGACAUACCAAAGACAUCGAUACUUCCGCAACUAGCGUGGUACAUCUUCAUCGAGAUGCUCAUCUGUUUUAUAGCGGGUCUGAUCUCGAUCGUAAUCUUGCUAACCCAUCAUUUCGCCACGUUGUUCGAUUUGACGCCUCCAUCCUGCUUGACCUGCUUGGUUUGCGAAGCGCCAGCGAAACAGAACGAUGAUGACGUCAAGAAAGAGCCGCGCUCCACGAGCGCCUUGCUCUCACAGCUCGGUGCAAUUCGCGGCGCGAUUCGGCAGCGCGAAAGGUCUGCGGAGCGCCGCCUUCAGUGGAUCCGGAUUCUCGACCGUGUUGACAUCUUCUUGCUCAUCAUUUUCAUCGUGGUGAAUAGUCUGAUUUUUAUGGGGAGUGUCAUUAAAUGG